UGCGCUUUCAUCUGAUCCUAGUUGCGUUGCAGAUUCAAUUGUUCGUUUUGAAUACUGCGAGCAAUGAAGAUGUUGCAAAUUUUUCUAGGAGUGUCCUGCUUUGCAUUGAGUCUUUACAGAGCGAGGACGCCACCAGUUUUUCCCAGGAAAGACUGUAUAGACAGCUUGAGGAUCAUACACGAUCAUUGUCAUCAUUCAUUGCUGCCAUGUCUAGAUAUGAUCCUAAUAAUAGAGACAUUAUUAACACACUUCAGUUGCUGUUUACAUGUUUUCAAAAUCUGCUGAGUGAAUAUGCUACCAGACUACAUUCAAGUAAUUCAACCAACAGUUUUGUACCACCAACAACCUCCACAGGCCACCGAGGACGCCCCAGAUACAAUAUAGUCGCCAGACAGAUUUCUCAUUGUGUAUCCAUUGGGAUGACUUGGCAAAGGAUUUCAUCAUGUUUUGGAAUCAGUCGAAGAACUCUAUACAGACACAGACAAAGCCUUGGAAUAGACUCUCCAGAAUACGCCUUUCUGUCGAAUCAAGAACUUGAUCGAAUUAUCACUAACAUACUCCAGACUACUCCAAAUGCCGGUGAAACAUAUGUACUUGGAAGCCUCAGAUCACGUGGCAUAAGAGUACAGCAUUGGCGAGUCAGAGAGAGCUUGCAUCAAUUGGAUCCCAUCGGCAGAUCAUUGAGACGGCGUCAUGCAAUAAUAAGGAGGAUAUACAGUGUUCAGGGCCCCAAUCAACUAUGGCAUUUUGAUGGAAACCAUAAGCUUGUUAGGUGGCGGAUGGUUCUUCAUGGCUGCAUGGAUGGCUUCAGUAGGACUAUAAUAUAUUUACGCUGCUUAACAAAUAAUAGAGCUUCAAGUGUUCUGUCUUUGUUCUUGGAAGGAGUUGAGAACUUUGGAAUACCUUUGAGAGUCAGAUGUGACCAUGGUAUGGAAAAUGUACUUGUUGCUCGUUUUAUGCUGGAAAGAAGGGGGUUAAACAGUGUAAUUACCGGUGUUUCAGUACACAAUCAGAGAAUUGAGAGACUAUGGGCUGAACUUAAUAGAGUUGUUUCUAGACACUUUAUAAACAUUUUAAAUUUUAUGGAGGAACAAGGUAUAUUAGAUUCAUUAAAUGAACAUCAUCUUUUUUGCCUGCAUUAUGUUUAUUUACCAAGAAUUGAACAUGCAAUUUCAGAAUUUAUUAAUCAGUGGAACAAUCAUGGCCUCUCCACACAGGGUGGUCAGACGCCACUACAGCUCUGGCAUACAGGUAUCAUAAGUAACAUUGGAAUCCAACCUGUUAUAAAUGACAUUUUUAACAAUGACCAUUAUGGCAUUGACCAACACAGGCCAUUACCUGAGAUUCAAACAAACAACAAUGUUAUUGUUCCAGAUAUUAAUGCGGUCAUUAAUGAAACCAGGAUGAACAUUGUUCAACGUGUGAAUCCCCUUGAAAAUGAUGAAAACCAUGGAAUAGAUAUUUUCUCUUCCCUUGUUCACUUUAUGCAGUGAGUUGUUUUGUCCUGUGAAACAUAUUGUAAAAUACAAUGUAUAAAAGUAGAAAUAAAUGAGGUUUAUAAACAAACUUUACUAAAACCAUUAUUUUAAAGAAUGCAUCAUCAGAAAAAUUCUUGAUGAAUGAG